UCCACGGUAAGCCUUGUGUCCUCACCUCCCCGAGGAGCUUCGCCAGCGUGCCAAAAAUCACAACACACUAUUCGGUGUAUCCAAGAGACAAAGAUCCGCGAUGGAAGGACGUCGAUAUGGAAAGGGUCUCGGACGACGUAGAUGUUGUCAUCGUCGGAGGAGGACCCGCGGGCAUGUCCGCGGCGAUCCGCCUAAAACAGAAUGCGGAAAAAUCCGGGAAGGAACUCCGGGUCUGCGUCAUUGAGAAGGCAUCUCAGGUCGGUGGUCACACUUUGUCCGGCGCGUGCAUCGAACCUGGCCCUCUUGCAGAACUGUUCCCAAACUGGAAGGAACUGGGUGCACCUCUCAAGACCGAGGUGAAGGAGGACCUCUUCUAUAUCCUGCGCAACGAGACCUCCAAAAUCCGCAUCCCCAUCGUCCCCGGGCUCCCGAUGAACAAUCACGGGAAUUAUAUCGUGCGUUUAGGGAACGUCGUCUCAUGGUUAGGCGAGCAGGCUGAGCAACUCGGAGUGGAGAUCUACUCCGGAAUCCCAGCGUCCGAAGUUCUCUACGAUGAACAAGGUCAAGUCAGAGGUGUCGCCACCGGUGACGUCGGUGUGGCCAAGGAUGGCUCCCCAAAAGAUAAUUUUGAGCGAGGUAUGGAACUGAACGCUCGAUGCACGAUCAUCGCCGAGGGCUGCCACGGCCAUCUUUCGAAACAGCUCUACCAAAAGUUCAAUCUUAGAGAGAACUGCGAGCCUCAAACAUACGGAAUCGGUCUGAAAGAGCUCUGGGAGGUCGAUCCCAAGAACCAUCAUCCUGGUCGCGUGGUUCAUUCGGUCGGCUGGCCUUUGGAUAAGCUGACUUACGGCGGAGCUUUCAUGUAUCAUCUGGAUGAGGGACCGCUGGUCGCCCUUGGACUGGUCGUCGGUCUCGACUACACCAAUACUUACCUUUCGCCUUACCGGGAGUUCCAACGGAUGAAGCAUCACCCAGUUUUCGCCAACACGCUCAAGGGUGGAUCCAGGAUCGCGUAUGGUGCGCGUGCACUCAAUGAAGGUGGCCUUCAGUGCAUUCCGAAACUGCACUUCCCUGGAGGUUGCCUGAUCGGCUGCGCGCCGGGUUUCAUGAACGUCCCGAAAAUCAAGGGAACGCACAAUGCGAUGAACAGUGGCAUCAUUGCGGCUGACGCGAUUUCGGAGAAACUCGCUGCUCAACACGAAGGCGUGAUCACCCCGGACAACUAUGAGGCAAAUCUGAAGACUAGUUCGGUGUACAAGGAGCUCAAAUCUGUGAGAAAUAUCCGGCCGUCUUUCCACAAUCGUCUUGGCCUAUACGGCGGAAUGAUCUAUACGGGCGUCUUCUAUCUGUUCGGUCGUGGGAAAGAACCCUGGACUCUGAAGCAUGGAGGUAAGUCGGACUCCGUCGAUCACCGACUGAAGCCCGCUUCGGAAUGUAAAAGUAUCGAAUACCCGAAGCCGGACAAUGUCCUCUCAUUCGACCUCCUUUCGUCGGUGUCGCUCACGGGAACUUAUCACGAGGACAACCAGCCUCCGCACUUGACGCUGAAAGACGAUUCCAUCCCGGUCGGACGAAAUCUCAAGACUUACGAUGGUCCUGAGCAACGAUUCUGUCCGCCGGGCGUCUACGAGUACGUGCCCAAGGAAGACGGGGAGAUGCGACUGCAGAUCAACGCACAGAACUGCAUCCAUUGCAAGACCUGUGACAUCAAGGACCCUUCGCAGAACAUAAACUGGGUGACUCCGGAGGGGCCUGGAGGUCCAGCGUACUCCGGGAUGUGAUUUCCGUAGCGGGCGAAUUUUCGUAAUGCAAUACAUUUUCUGAUGUUGUUGACAGUUGAUGGUGAGAAUUUUAAAGGACGCUCCUGUUCAGAGAGGAAUCAGGGAAGGACGAGAUUGUUGUACAAUUCAAUUUUCAAGCGAGAAUAAAAA